GUCAUAAGUCUGCGUCGCGCUCGUGCAUCUGUUGUGAUUCGUCUGAAGGAAGAGUGUCCAAAAACAGAAAAACUCCUGGUGAAGUGACUGACACACUAUUAUAAAGAUGGAGUUUAUUAAAGAGGAGAGUGAAGACAUGAAGAUUGAAGUAUUAUUCAGUUUGAAACAUGAAGAUACUGAGGAACAAACAAAGAUGGAGUUUAUUAAAGAGGAGAUUGAAGAUGUGAAGAUUGAAGAAACAUUCACAGUGAAACAUGAAGAAACUGAGGAACAAACAGACCUGAUGGGACUGAAAGAGGAUCAAGAACUGAAAGAAACAGACGAGAAGGAUCAAUAUAGGAGACAUGAUUUCAUGGAUGUAGAAAAAUCCACACAAACUGAAACAACUUCAUCACAAAAUAAAAAUCAGAAAACCAAAUCUAACAGUGACUUCGCUUUCACCUGCUCUCGCUGUGGAAAGAGUUUUACUCAAAAACCUAACCUUAAAAUCCACAUGAGAACUCACACUAAAGAGAAGCCUUACACAUGCCAACAGUGUGGAAUGAGUUUCAGUCAGAAAGCAAACCUUAAUUCCCACAUGAAAAUUCACACUGGAGAGAAGCCGUUCACAUGUGAUCAGUGUGGAAAGAGUUUCAGACUUAAAUCAACCCGUAAUUCACACAUGAAGAUUCACACUGGAGAGAAGCCUUUCACAUGUCAACAGUGUGGACUGAGUUUCACUAAAAAAGGAAACCUUAAACAACACUUGAGAAUUCACACUGGAGAGAAGCCGUUCACUUGUGAUCAGUGUGGAACGAGUUUCAGACUUAAAUCAACCCGUGAUUCACACAUGAAAAUUCACACUGGAGAGAAGCCUUUCAGAUGUGAUCAGUGUGGAAAGAGUUUCAAACAUGAAGUAACCCUUAGUUUCCACAUGAACAUUCACAGUGGAGAGAAGCCAUUGCAUAUGAUCAUUGUGGAAAGAGUUUCCUACAUAAAGUAACCAUUCAUUUCCACACAAAGAGAAAACACUCAGAGGGAAGGUAUGUGCCAUCUAGAUGGUUGCAGCAUGGGGACUACAAACCAAGAUGGCCAACCCAUCUGGGACUACACUUGCCAGGUUCCUUGGCGGUGGAAGCACUGUUGCAAGUGAAGGAGAAAAGUUGAGAACAGAGAGACGUUCCCUGCGUUCCAUUCGGAAGGGCUCAUUCCUAUGCCCUAAUCCCUUGAAAGGGUUUACCCUCUGGAGUGAGAGCUUCGAAGGGAUGAAGGGUGUAGGGGUCAAAAACUCUUUUUUUGGAACGCACUUCUGCAUCAUCUUAACGAGACAAUCAAGGAGGGGCCUUCGUCUUUUUUCCCCUGGUUUACUCUUUGUAUUAAAACACAUUAAUUUACUGUAGUAACAUUAUAAGCUACUGCCGGUCUUUUAUGUUAAAUUUAAUGUAUAUUGUGUGUAUGUAUUUGAAACGUUUGAAUGGACUAAUAAAGGGAGCUGUAAAGUA